AUGGACGAUCCCGACUCGGGAACAGAACCCAUACUCGACGAACCAAUGGAAACGUCUUGGCCAACAACCCCUUCCUCAGGCAUACUACACUCCGACGACAACCCUCCGUUGGAAGCGGGUGUGGUAACCGAUGAACCAGAGAACGAAACUUCAGCGUUCGAGGUUAGUUUCACCUUCCAACCGGAAUCGUUGCCGUGCCCAACGAGCCCCGCCUUCUGCGGUGUCUCGGAAGGCAACGCGGCGUACCACGUGGGCAACGCCGUCGACUUCCGAAACGAAACCCUGAAAUGGAAGAGUGCGAUCAACAACAGGAUUCUUCCAAAACUCGUUGACGCCUCCCCAGCGGACGCGAUCGCUGACCGAAACAAAAUUGCAGCAAUCACCCAACCCUUCGCCUUCUACAGAAUUCUGGACAACCCAGGAGGUGUAAACAUGGCUCAACCCGGCAUCACUCCGAGAAGCACGCUUCUCAUGGGCGACGUCAUAAUUGCCCUAAGACUCAGCCGGACAGAAGCAUACGACGGAAUUGCAAUUCCGGCGGUUACGCUGGACGAGGUAAGCGGAGAAAACUUCCAGAUGAUAUGGAACGUGGAAGAAUUCCUCCUAGUCCCCAGGAAAAUAAAAGAAAACGUCCUGGCGACACCAAUUCGGAUUCCAGCAUCCAAAGGUAAAGCAAUUCUAGCGUGCACAGGAUUGUCAACCCCGGUACGUGCCCAACCAAAACUACUUCCGCCAAGAACGAGAAUAGACCACCUCCUUCUAACGACAAUUUUCAUCCCACUCGAGCCGAGCGGAAUCUUCACCAACCCGACAGGUAAAAUAAGAGGAGCCGUCUAUGCAGCUAAAACACUCACAACAUUCCCAUCGUCGGAACCACAGUUGGUAAAAUCCCAACCCCCUCCUAAACAUACCUUAGAUGAAUUCAACCGCGCAAUGACGACAUUCCGAAACUCCACCUGCCGCAACUUCAGAGACUGCCAAGCAGCUCUACAACGCAUCAUGGCGUGGGCUGCGUCAGCAGCCACUUCGGUGCAAAACAGCGACAUUGACAAGGUGAGCUACUCUACUAAAAUCGACUCCGUUUCCAGAGCAAUGGGAAAAGAACUCCUCGUGACAUUCCUCAUCAAGAAAGCAAACGGACCACCACCUUCAGACGGUUGGAGCUCGGGAACGAAGUUUCGACUACUCACCGAAGAUCAAGCAUGGACAGGCGAAGUACUCGGAUCGGAAUUACAGGGAGCGGCACUCAGCAUAACCGCGCGUCUAAACGAAUCAUCCGCAAACAUCGACAAUAUGCGUUCUCAGCUCGAGAACCGCGAAAUUAUGGUAACCACAGUAAAUCCCCCUUCAGAUAUGGUACAAACAGUACUCUGCUCGGAUACCAUAAUGAAGCUCGACUCCAACUCGAAUGCGGCAAGAUUGCUGAAGGCUCUAUUCGGCGGAGAAAGAAUCACCACAAUCAUUCCACCAUCUUCGAUUGGAUUCACUACCAAGAUCGGAGGCAAAGAAACAAAGUUGAUGGACGACCAAAACCAAUUCAUCAGUGCCAUAUCCGAGGGAAAUCCAGUGAUGGCGGUCAGCAGCCCUUUUGGUUGCGGCAAAACACUGACUAUGGCAGUGGCAGCGGCAGAAUGCGCGAAAAAGGAUGACAAAUUGCACCUGUCCGUCGGAAUCACGAACGCAUCUGUUGUCAACCUGGUAAAAGCAGCUAGAACCGUGGAAUCGGACGCGCCAAUCCUGAGGUUAGUGUCCAGGGAAAACUAUACCACCAUGCGGGCUGAACACAAAACAGCGUUCGACGCUCCUCGGCUGGUGGACAAACUAUUUCUAGAAAGAGCUCGAGAACAUGACGCCGAAUUGGCUUUGUCAGACGUCGAAAUCGCCAACAAUAACGAACUGGCCAUUGUGAUUUACCAUUGUCGCCGUCACCAAUUGCUGUCGAGCGAAGAGAUCAAAUCCGCCCCCGGAAAAGCGGCGUGGAAACAAUCGGUAAGAAAUCUGGCAAGGGAGUCCGUUCAGAUCUUCAUAAACCUUUACAAGCCAAGAAGGCUGAUCGCCACCGCAACUUCCGCGCUAUCCUUGUUAACCACUACAUGGAAAAGCUUAGGUGAGAUCGCCACUCUACAGAUCGACGAAGCAAGUCAGUUACCACUGACAACCUUAGUAGCUCUCUCAGCCAGUUUCCCAAACGCAAGGAUGGCACUGGUAGGUGAUUUUCGCCAAUUACCACCUUUCAGUCAUUCUCGAAGCACACCAAUGAUCCGAUCCACCGCGGUUUCCGAACCGCUACGAGCUCUGGUCGAGAAACGAUUGGUACCGACCGUCGAACUCCGCCACGUAUGGAGAACUCACCCGACCAUCACAACCGCGUUGAGUGAUCUAUUCUACGGCAAUUCCCUCAUUACCAAGGUAGAGGCUAGGGAGCGGUCAAACUUUAUGACACGUACCCCGUGGUGGCCGAACAAAGAGCAUCCAAUCCUGUUCGUGCACCACACACACAGCCACACCUUGGCUGGUAAGUCACUCACCAACACCGGCGAAUUAAAAAUAGUAAAAAGGUUAACUAAACUAAUCGGCGAGAAUAUUCCAGAAAGAGAUGUCGGAGUCGUGGCAUUCUACCGAGCUCAAGCAGACCGAAUUGCCAACGCGCUGAACGAAGUUUCCGUCACAACCGGCACAGUUGACGCUUUCCAAGGCCAAGAACGAGAAGUCAUGAUCGUAUGCCUGACCAGGACCCACGGAGACCCCACCGACUUCUUGCUCGACGAACGAAGAAUAAAUGUGGCGAUGUCCCGGGCGAAACAGUGCGUCAUUCUAGUCGGCAACGCAAACAUCAUUGGAGAAGCCGGAUACUGGAGCGAAAUAUUCCGUACAUGCCGAUACGCACAAACGAUUCUCACCGAGUCUCAACUUCCAGAAACGCAAUAA